AUGAAUGAGAUCAUUGAGAUCUUUGAGGAUAUCCAGAGGGUGCAACAAAUUUGCCCUCUGACUUUCCCAUGGAGCUGUAACCCCAGGUCUGGUGGUGAGCUCCGACCCUCCGAAUCCUUCUCGACUCCAGAGGCCACGAGAGUUAUGGAACUAGAUGCUGCUGCAGAGCAUCAUGAUUUUGUCUAUGUUGAUGAGGUUGGCUUUAACUUAGCCAAAACAAGACGCAGGGGAAGAAACCUCAGAGAACACUGCGCCAUCGUCAAUGUCCCUGGACGGCCUGGUGGCAACAUCACAAUGUGUGCAGCCAUUAGUCAGAAUGGUGUCCAUCAUCAUGCCACUCUUGGUCCUUACAAUACUGCCCACAUUAUCACCUUUCUUGAUACCCUGCAUAAUAUCCUCAUUCCCAAUGACCAGAGGAAUUGGCCAGAGCAGUCCAGGGUUGUUGUCAUCUGGGACAACGUACGUUUCCACCAGACUGCUCUAGUCUGCAAUUGGUUCACUGCCCAUCCGCAAAUUUUGAUGCUCAAUCUGCCACCAUAUUCUCCAUUUCUAAACCCAGUAGAAGAGUUCUUCUUUUCAGUGGGGUGUUGGAAGGUAUAUGAUCGCCAACCCCACCAACAUAUACCCCUUCUCCAGGCGAUGGAGGAGGCCUGUGGUGACAUACACUCAAAAAAAUGAACUUUCACUGUUGUUGGUUUCACUCAAUCCAUCCAUGUUCACUUAAAAACUCAUGUAACUACAUGAACUUAAUUUAACUGUGUUGUUUCUACUAAAAAAGAAUAUUGUCAGCUUUAUUUAACAAGUGUUUGUUCGGUCACCUUAACAAAUUAAUAAAACAACUUAGGCUGAACUUUUCCGUGCACCGUAGUGGCUUACGCCAAAGCUGAGCAACGAAAGACAGACAGAACCACGUUGAGGGUUCUCUGCGGGUGACUCUGUAAGGUAUGAAUAUUUUAUUAAAAUUCUUUACCAUCUUGAUAAAUACUGCCUAGAAAAAGUGAUUUAGGUUUCCACAGAGUUUAAUUAUUUUAAGUUAGCUAUUUAUUUUGGAGUCUGGCUAUGCUAUUCUGUUGCAUAUAGCCUACGUUUUCUUUCUCUAGUAUAUUAUUUACACAAAGAAAUUUUGUCAGCUUUACUUGAGUCAGUCUUUUGUUCAUACAACUAAAUUGUUAUUAGUAGAAUCUACUCAACGAUGUUGCGUGGAACCACUUGACGCUGCUUUUUUAAGUAAAUCCAACCAUUCGUUUUUUUUUGAGUGUAGACGAGGGGCAUGCCAGGGCUGGCUAUGCCACUCCAGACGCUACUUCCCCCGCUGGUUAGCCAGAGAGAACAUUGCUCUCUGUUGAUGUUGAUGAGGUGAUGUGGCCAGACCCAAAUAGAAAACAGGAUGCACCCUAAUUUGUUGUUUUCU